GUGUGUGUGUGUGUAUUUAGGCUUAGUGCCUUUGAUUGAGGAGCUGGAUUCUCUGAUCUUGCUGAGGGAAUAGAGACAGGUCUUGAGCAGAUUAUCGUCCACGCUUUGCAUCUUUCACAGGAACUUGUCACCGCAUGGUUUCUUCUUCAUUUAUUCCUCCUGUCGGUAUUUAAGUGAUUUAAUGAGCAGCUCAGCUCUGACACCGGUGUGAUACUCAAACCACAAGCGCAAACGACACACUUUCUACAAGGUGUCACCGGGUAAUGAGCUUACUUCUGCUCUCCAGCUCAAGCAUGAAGGACCGUGACUCUCUGACCCUCCUGCACUACACAAACUCUGGCAAAACAGGCCCGCAGUACCCCCCUCCCAGUCUCCACUCUUCCUCUCCAAGCCUUACCAAGUCCCAGCCCUUCUGUCUGCAGUCUAGCCAGCACCUCAUCGCUUCCAUGCAGCUGCAGAAACUCAACAGUCACUAUCAGAGCUUGGCCGUCUCUUCUACAGUGUCCUCUGGAUCCAACAGAGGAUUUAGCAAUUCUUCAAUGAGUCCAGCACAAAUCUCUGGCACCGGAAUGGCUCAAAGCUCCGGCAUCAUAGAUUCUGAUCCAGUGGACGAGGACGUCCUGAUGUCUCUUGUAGUGGAGCUGGGUUUGGACAGGGCUAAUGAACUUCCAGAGCUGUGGUUGGGCCAGAAUGAGUUUGACUUCAUAUCGGAUGUACCUGCUGGGUGCUGACCCUUCUAAAAGAAAGUUACUGAUCACUUUUGGCUGCCUCUUGGUUUUUUUUUCUUUUUGGUUUGCACCUGAGACACUGUUGGAUGGCUCAUGAAAAUGUGAGAAUCUUUUAAAAGACUCAUUUCAUGUGUAAAGACUCUUCUAGUUCAAGCUGCAGAGGUAUAGUGCGCAAUCAAGAAACUGCUUGAACAACUCCUGCAGAGAGGCUCUCUUGAAACUAAAAUGUGGUAAAUUUCUUUCUGUUCAUGUUAAGUUUUUGCUUGUUAUAAUCAGUUCCAAGCUCUGCUUUCAAAGCAUGCAAGAAUUUCUUCCAAUUCACAAGACAUGGAGUUAAGUCAUAAGCUUCACACAUGGACUAGAACCCCAACACAAGCGCUACCAGAUGUUCUUUCCCCAUCAAGUCUACUACAGAAGCUGGCUUUUUUGUAACCUUGUUGGAUAGAUUUUCCCUUCCUAAAUUUAGUGGUCAUCUUUACCACCUGAGGUUAAAACUACAAUGAAUGUUGUCAAUCCUCAAUACAUUCCUUCUGAAAGACGAGAUGUGCAUGCGGACUCUGGUGGAUCGGCUUCAUCUGUUGUCACCUGCCAUCUGUGGAUUCUGUCCAUAUGAGCAGCCGGGUGGUGUUUCUGUUCUGUAAUGGAAGGUGAUCCUGAAACCAGCAUGGGCUAGUCUUUUCCAAAAUGCAUGUCAUCACCAGACUCCUUUCCACUUGUGUAACUUGAUCUAUCGGACAGUUUUCCAUGGUUAAAUAUAUUAAUGAUGGACGUGUCCAUUUCUUCCACUGGUAGUGCCACUUCAAGUCAAGACAGAAAUGAUUGAACAGCAGCAGAACCUCAACAGGUUACUUUGAGCAAACUAAAUGAUUUAGAAUAUGAACCCUAUUACAAAAGCACUAUAUUUGUACAUGUCUAAUUUUUUGUUUUUUUUGUACGUCAAUAGAAAAAUGAUAGAUAUAGAAACUCUACUGUCAUGUUGUUUAGCAUUUGACUAAUGCAGACCUAUGUUGGUUUAAAAAAAAAAAAAAAAAAAAAGAUAAAUAAUAAAGUAAUCUCUUUUUGGUUUAACAGUCAGAAUGAAUCAUAAGUGGUAUUUUUUUUAAUUAUUAUUUGUUUAGCACUUUCUUUCCAACUUGUGUAUUUUCUACAAAAGAUGUGAUUACUAUUGUAUUUAAAUAAGUGUACUCAAUAUUUUGUUUUUCGAAAUAUAAGUAAAUAAAAAUACAGAGCUAAAAACCUUUAA